CUGUCACAUCAUAAGAUACUUUUUCUACUUGUGCUCUGCUCGGCACCAGACUUCACAAUUUUUUGAGAUAGAAUUAUAUUAUUUAAAAUCGAAUAACUGAAAAAAAUAUCAAAUAUGGGAGGCCAAAACGAUAACCAAAAUGGAAACUCCAACGGCCACGAUGAUGAAAUCACUGAGCCGGAGCAUAUGCGCAAAUUGUUCAUCGGCGGGCUGGAUUACCGCACCACAGACGAGAACCUGAAGGCGCAUUUUGAGCAAUGGGGCAACAUCGUGGAUGUGGUGGUGAUGAAGGACCCACGGACCAAACGGUCCCGCGGCUUUGGCUUCAUUACCUACUCGCACUCGAGUAUGAUCGACGAGGCGCAGAAGUCCCGGCCUCACAAGAUUGACGGCCGCGUGGUGGAGCCCAAACGUGCAGUACCUCGCCAAGACAUCGAUUCCCCCAACGCCGGCGCCACUGUGAAAAAGCUGUUCGUUGGUGCACUGAAGGACGACCAUGAUGAGCAGAGCAUCCGCGACUACUUCCAGAACUUUGGCAACAUCAUCGAUAUCAACAUUGUGAUGGACAAGGAGACUGGCAAAAAGCGAGGAUUCGCCUUUGUGGAGUUUGACGACUAUGAUCCAGUCGACAAAGUUGUCUUGCAAAAGCAGCAUCAGCUGAAGGGCAAGAUGGUGGACGUGAAGAAGGCCCUGCCCAAGCAGAACGAUAUGCAGGGCGGCGGUGGAGGUGGCGGACGUGGUCAAGGCGGCCGAGGUGGAAACCGCGGCGGCAAUAUGGGCGGCGGUGGAGGCGGAGGCUAUGGCAACCAAAACGGAGGGGGCAACUGGAACGGAGGUGGCAGCUGGGGCAACAACCGCGGUGGCAAUGAUAGCUGGGGCAACAACAACUAUGGUGGCGGCAGCUACGGGGGCGGCAAUAAUGGCUGGGGCAACAACGUGGGUCCCUGGGAUAAUGGCAACGGCGGUGGAAACUAUGGCGGCGGCUCCAGCUGGGGCAACGGAGGUGGCAAUGAUUUCGGGGGCUACCAACAGAACUAUGGCGGUGGUCCCCAGAGGGGUGGCAACUAUGGCAAUAAUCGCGCGCAGCCCUACCAAGGAAAUUUCAAUAAAGCAGGUAAUAAAUUAGAAGUCGCUCAGUAUAAUCCCAAACAAAGUCACAGUCAAGUAAACGAUACGCAAUUCAAUGAUCACUAUCGGGCAUGAACGAACGUUCAUAGCCCUCAGAAGUUUUCCGUUCCGACCACCACAAAGCAAACGAAACAUGCAAACAUGACAGGAGAAGAUCAGGAUCAGUGCAGAGCAGUGCAGUGCAGUUCAGUCUUAAGGAGCUUGAUUGAGACAGAACAGAUUGAGAUAUCAGAGCAGAGUGCAGAGUGAAGAGCAGAGAAGUGUGUGAGCUAAGCAGACUAAACAGAGAUCUUUUUGAAGAGUCGCACACAGCGAGCAGCAGUACACGAACACAUCAGCUGGCCAGGAUUACAUUCGAUUUGUUUGCACUACUUGCUGACCAUUUGCAUAAGGCGCAUCUAUCUCAACUGUCCAAUCUCCCAUAGAAUUAUGACCCAAUUUCACAUUGUAGCCUCUGACAUAAGUAAUAUUGUAAUUUAGAAAACAAGCCCUACAGCUAAACUUUUGUAUUUCCACCAACUGACCUAUUUACCUAUUACCCAGCGAUACAGCGAUAAUUGUCUAGCUACAUAUAUGCGUAAAACUUCAAGGCGACAGUCAAAGGAUUGUUUAUUUGGUUGUUGAUCGGUAGACUGACUGUCGCUGGCCUCUUCUGAUAAUCAGUGCAGAACACACAACCUUAAAUCAUGUAUUACCUUUUAUGACUUUCACUAGACUAAGUUUUAAUAGUUUUAGUAGAGCGUGCGGGGCGAUCUUUUCAGCAGUCGCUCGCCGUUCUAGUUUAGUUUAAUACUUUUACUCUUCAAGUUCUUAGCGAACCUGAUCGUGUGGACACACAGACUUCUUGGCAUAUGACGAUACGGAAGAACUUUGCCUCCAAUGUUUAGAUGUAAAUCGAUCCAAACCAAAACAGCACUUAAUGUAAUCUAUACCUUCUAGAAAGCAGUCUAUACGCAGUCUGAGGUCAGCGCAAUUAUACAUACAAACUUACAUUUUAAUGUAGCGAAAAAAUACAAGAUUAAAAAAUAUUCAAUUGUA